AUGAUAGCAAAGUCUUUUCUUCUAGUUCUCCUGGUGGCUGCUGCCUGUGCCACACCUGUGACCCAGGACAACAGCAUGAUCGGCUACUCUGAUGCGGUGGGCAUGUUCCUGCAAGCCUGGCAGAAGAUCAUUCCUUGCGGCUUUGCUGCAGAGAAUUUGCCAGUGUUGGCUCCAUUGAACAUUGAUUUCUACGCCUUUAACUACAGCAACGGAAACACCAACCUUGUGGGUAAUGUGAGCAACAUUCGCAUCUCUGGCCUAAACAACUUCCAGAUCCUGAGCGGUGGCUAUGACAACAACACUCAGCGUGCCCACUUUGAUGUCAUCUUUCCACAACUGCAAAUCUUGGGUGCCUAUGAGCUAGAGGGUACUUUCGGUGUUGGCGGUCUUCCUUUGCCGGUUCGCCAGAACGUGCUCCUCAAUAAGAAGCUGAUUGAUUGGCGUUUUGUUGGCGAGUAUACAUUUGCUGAGAGUAAUUCCAAUGGACUGCGUAUUAGUGACGUCGAUCUGAAAUACUUUGUUGCUGAUGUUCAGUCCGACCAUUGGGACAAGUAUUUGGAUGUGGCUGCCAAUAACUUUGUGAACAACUUCAUCGAAUCCUUCUCUAUGCUGUUCACCGAGGAGAUCCAGCCUUAUGUGAACACUCUCUUCGGCAUGUUUGUGUUGCCCACGAUCAAUGACUUGAUCUCCGAAUUGGACCUCACUCAGCUGACCAACUAUUUUGUUGCUCAGGCUGAUAUUUGGAACAAUGCUGAUUGCAGUGUUCAGGCCUAA